UUCUCAUAAUCGUGCACCUACGCGAGCGGUGAUUCCGGAACAAAUACGACAGCGAACGCACGGGCGACACGGCGUAAAGCCCAGUGGUGCAGUUUUUGCGAUGAAUUAACCGCGUCAUCGAAAGACCACAGUGUUUUAUCAGCUGUCAGAACGCGGCGUGCGGUGUUUUUUAUUGAAAUCAUUUUUGUCGCUGUUUUCAUUGAGCAUUUUAUCGAAUGUCACGUACUUUUGUGGUAAAAGCAAUGUUAUCUAAACUGCGAACAUUUAAAGUUAUGACCAUAUCUGUGCCAUAUCAUUUAUCUGAACAGCCAUUUCCUUUUUAUAUUCCAAUUUCGUUAAGUAUUUGUAGUAUAAAAACUUUUUUUAAGAGAUACCUAGAAUAUGAUAGAUUCAUAUACUUUUUGUAUCCAAAGAUGCGAGAUAGGAACAUUUCUCUCUGGUUAUGGCGAUGUAUAGUGCACCAAAUUAAAAGGCCGAACAAUGUUAUUUAACAGAAACGAAUAAAAGUAAAAUUAUGAAUUAACUGAUUUUUCUCGUGGCACGCAGUUUUGCAAAAUAGAAUUCAGUGAGACGGAAUCUAUUGAAAGUCUGACAACGAAAGAUGAAACGGUGGAGGAAUACGGGAGUUGUCUUCUACAAGAGUUUCUUCCGUGUGCCGACAAUUUCUAUGUGUACUUCCCUCACCAUUAAACGAAAGCCAUCGGUCACGAACUAGAGAGAAGACUAUGUUGAAUCCAAUUUGAACCUGGCGUGGCACUCUUGCAUUCCUGUCAACUGGGUCGAAUACCACUGAGAGAACUAGUCGGUGACCAAAGAUCAGUGCGACACUGCCGGAUCAAAUAUCCAUUUCCGUCUCUACCGCCAUAAAGCGUCUGCAUGGCCUGGAACCGGAAAUGACGAGCCCUACCUUUGCGAUGAAACGAACGCGGACGGAGAAAAAUCAAUUUUUUCCCUUGGACUAGUCUCUUACUACAUUAAUAAUCUUCCAGAGCGAAUCUCAUCAAGCGAUAUUUUAAUAUCACGAUUGUUUCAAAAGGCAUUCUCUAUUCUAAAGUGAACGAUGAUUUAAAACAAUCUGAUACUUAAAAAUAUUUGAAUAUAUAAAAGUUAUAAUAACAGUUAAUAAUAAUAUCCAGUUAAUAUUUGCUUUGAUGCUAAUUACCACUACUAUUAUUAUUAUUUUAUUCAUUAUUUUAUACGUAGCAUGAAAUAAAUUUCAAUUAUAGUAUGCAACGAUAAAUACUGACACAAAUAAAUAUACAGAAAAACCGACUUCUCUGAAGAAGUUUUACCAUUUCAUUUACGGUAAUGAAACGAACUUGAGUGUGACGCUCGUCUGUGUGUUAUCUCGUUAUCUAAUCGACGAAACGCAAAUUUCUUGCACGAAAUGAAUGCAAAUAACUUCCUUUUGCUAGUCGUAUCUCGAUAGUUAAAGUAGCGAAUAAAAACGCGAAUAUCAACAUGUACACGUGUAUUAAUUCAUACCAGCGGGAAAUGAGUGUAUUUGCAUAGUGCCUGUGUAAUAUGUGAUAUGUUAAUCGCGAUAAGUGUAACAUGUGUGUGUUGUAUUAGUCGUAUACUGUCUUUUAUUUUUUCACGAGAAAUUGAGAGUCGCAUUGUGAUACUCAGCCAUCACGAUAUAUUUUUUCGCCACAAGUUCCGCCGAGUGAUAUGUUACCAUUUCUUUCUAUUUCGAAAUUGUUCGCGUUUCCACGAGUCAUUUCCAUUUAUUUUGGUAUGGAUUUAUUCUGUUUAUUUAAUAACAUUCGAUUAAACAGCGAAAGUGAUUAAAGGCAGUUGAAAGUAUACCUGCGAUAUACUUUCGCGAUACCAUAAAAUUAAUUACAUGAGAAAAAUCAUUUGGAUCUCCGAAAUCGAGUGAACAUGAACAGUGAGCAGCGAAAACUGAAAACAUUACGGUGCGUUUUAUAGUAGUACUUUUGCUCUUUCAUUACGUGUGGCUUGAGCAAACGACCGGAUACUUGGCGCAAUUAGUUCCGUUCGAGAGCAACGAGAGCAACGAGAAGCACCUGGCCAAGAACGAGAUCGCCACCUAAAUCGACCGGGGUCUCUAUUUUCGUCCUGAGAGAAGCGGGACUAACUCCAUCACGUCGGGCGCAGUCGUCUCUCCAACUCGUCGCGUCGGAUAUGCCCACUAGUGAGCGGGAUCAUGACAAGAUCACCACGACAACCGACAGCAUUAACGGACCCGCCGAUUUCGAUAGAGCCAUCUCCACGACCGGCUAUGGGCUAUUUAAUGUACUGCUGCUACUGGCGGUGCUGCCAAUCGCGUGGACCGCCGUUUUUGACACUACUUCCGGUGCAUUUAUUUUGGCAUCGGCCGAAUGCGAUCUCGAACUCACGUUCUUUCGCAAGGGCGUACUCGUUGCAUUUCCUUACGUAGCUAUGACAGCGACUGCUUUUAUAUGGGAUUACAUAACUCCCUACAUAAGUAUGAAAACGCUGUUCAUCCUCGCAUUAUUAGGUGAUUCGAUUUUGAACAUUGUGAGCAGUGGCGUCCAAUCAUACUAUGUAUUUCUACUAGUCAAAUUUAUCAGCGGAAUCUUGGUAGGUGGCCCGUUGGCGAUGGCGAUGACGUAUCUGACGGAAUUCCAUUCGGCGAAGUACAAGCCCCGCUUCACCACAUGGACGGGAUUUCUCUUCGCCGUGGCGAACAUCGUGCCAGCAGCUCUAGGCUUUACGAUACUACCGUUGGACUGGCACAUCGACAUCCUUGGCCAAGACUACGAUUCUUGGCGUAUAUACCUGCUGAUCUGCUCAAUACCACCCGUCGUCGGCCUCGUGACGGCAACCAUGUUGCCGGAAAGCCCUAAGUACCUCAUGGCAACUGGCAGGUCAGAUGCUGCCUUGAAAUUACUUAGAAGGAUGUAUUGUAUGAACACUAGGCAACCUGCGGAUACGUUCCCGAUAAAAGCGCUGUUCGUUCGGCAAAAGACGCAAUUGGCGCGACCCGUGCUCGAGGCGAGCCUCGAGAGGAUGCGCAUCUCGUUGUACAACACGAAGCUAUUACUGACGACGACGGCUUACCUGCCCGCCUUCUGCUUCGUAAGUUUCCUCCAAUUUGGAAGUAUGCUCGGAUUUAACACGAUGAGGCUGUGGGUGCCGCAACUCUUUAUCAUUCUCAACAACUUCGACGCGGAGAAUUGGACAGCAGAUGGAAGGCAGCCGACUAUAUGCGAGAUGCUGGACCGUCACGCGGCUCUACCGGCCAGGCGAUAUCUCAAUUGCUCCAACUUCGACGACGCGUGUUUCAGGUGGACUAUCAAUCCCGUGAUUUAUCAGAAUUCGACCGUCAUCGCAUCAUCGGCCGUUAUAUUUUCGUUUCUCGCCGGAUUCGUAACGACCACCAAGCUUCGGAAACAGAUCAUAAUGCUCACGGCCCUCCUGAUAUCGGUGGCAAGCAGUUUCGGAAUAAAUUGGGCGCAGUCUCCGCCGUAUAUGCUGACGCUGGCGGCGGCGGUUAUCGUGACGACAAGAAUAGCGGGUAAUAUCGUUACCGCGGUGAAUGUCGACGUUAUUCCCGUCCCAUUAAGAGCCACGAGCACCAGCGUCCUCGUGACCAUUGGAAAUAUCGCCGCUAUCGUGGGAAAUCUCAUUUUCUCCGCACUUCUGAAUACCGAGUGCACCAUCGCUUUCGUGGGAUUGGGUUGUUUCUUCUCCGUCUGCUUCUGUGUAUCUCUAUUCUUCCCGCAACCCGCGAAAGAAUCGCCGGCGAGACCUGCUGAAGUUAGCGCAUCGAAACCGUGAAGAGGGCAACGCACAAGUAUCUUAAACCGCAUGUUCGCAGAAUUGUAAAAAUUCGAUUAAAUGUGUAGUAGCUUGAAAAAGCUCUCGGCUAGGCUGUGAUAUUUAUCUAAAAUAAUUUAUUGGAGAAAGAAUUUAGGGAAAUAUAAUAAGGAAUUCCACGUUAAAUAAAUCUCUUUCUUUCUCGACGAAAGUAGAUGCAAUAUAAUUUUUUACAGAACUUUA